GUUUACAGUCCCGUUUCGACUCAGCUUCUUCAUGAAAUAAACGAUAUAAUUUCUCGAAUUAUAUGCCGGGAAGAAAGUCAUGGCGAAAGCAGCCGCGGCCCCGGCGGCUUCUGCUCUGCUGAGGCGUUCAUCUGAUUUACCUUCAUGGAUCUUCUCUAUCUUAUCUCCAAAACCCCAUAUUUUCUUCUUCUCCACUUCGCCACACGCUGGAAGCUUGGGCAUCCGUAAACAUGCUCUCAGCCCGGUGAGGCCGCCAUCGGACGGCAGUGAUAUUGGCAGUGAUGAAGUAGGGCUGAAAACCAGCGGGGAUUCUUUCAAGAAGAGCCGCAAUGAGCUGAAGAAAGAGGCUCGACGGGCCGUUCGCUGGGGGAUGGACCUUUCGACUUUCUCCCCUCCGCAAAUCAAAUACAUACUUAGGGCGGCUUCUCUCGAACGAGAGGUGGUGGAUGCCAUUUUGCUAGUAAAGAGAUUGGGUCCUGAUGUUCGAGAAGGAAGGAGGCGGCAAUUUAACUAUAUUGGUAAUAUAUUGGAUAAUUAAACUCUACAUUUUACUGAAUUAUCGGAUACUAGUCUUUUUAGAUAGAGUAUUGAUAUGUCAGUUCUUGAUUUAGGCUUGUUAGGUGAUGUAUUUUUGUGAAUUCUCAUGAACUAGAAAGGUGCAAUGGAUGUUGUGUGAUGUUGUUUAUAGGCAAGGAGGAAAUAUUUUCUCGACUAAGGGUUCGUUCGGAACGGCUUUCUUACUGCUUCUUAAAUCAGAUUUCUCACAAAAAAUUUAAUUUUUUUUACCAGAAAGUUGAUUUAAGAAGCAAUAAGAAAGCCGUCCCAAACAAACCCCGAGUUUAUGAGUUGAAUAUUUUCUUCAAACUGCGAUUAUGAGCUAAUGACAAUGUUUUAGGUCUAUGAAGGCUUUUAAAUGGUCUUUAUUUGCUUAAUUUAUAGCUUAUUUAGGUAAUAUUUGUAGAAUAUGUUAACCUGACAAAUUCGCUUUUCAUUGGCAAAUGUGGAUAUUUCUUACAACACUGGCAUUUAGUAGAAAUUAUUAGUAGCAAAUGUGGAUAUUUCUUACCACACUGGCAUUUAGUAGAAAUUAUUAGUUCCGGAUGAAGUGCAAAAGGUGCAUCAACCAAUUAGGAGAUGACACAUGGCAUUAGUGCUCAAUU